UCUGUUUUUUUUCUUUUGGGGUGGCUUUUGAUAGGGGGAGGGGGUCAAAUCUACCGCCUAUGAUCCACCGCAUCUAAAUACUUAGCCGAAAAGGCAAAAACCUGUCCUAGACGGCAAAUAUAAGGCAAAAAAGACCCACCCAAGGUCUUGACUUCUUCACAGAAACCACCUUUGUGUACAGGCUAAGGAAGCCUUCAAAGCUACAAGUAUGUGUAUAUAUAAAUACCAAGCUCCACCUCUCAACACAUUCUCAUUCUCCUCCAUAUCAUAUGCUUUUUGUCCUUGGUUUUCUUUUAUCAUGAGCAACGUUCCUAGGUCAUUAACGGACUCUUCUCUAACCCUCUUCAAGCUUGCCAUCUCGGCUUCUGAUCCCUGGCCAUUUUCUUUCGUUUUCUUGUAACAUCUCAAGGAAAAGAGGUGAUUUUCUUUCUGGGUUUUUCUAGGUUUUUAGUGGGUGUUGCUGAGAAUUGAGAUAUGGGGAGUGGGGAGAAGAAUUUUCUCAAUUUCCACAUGCAUGUCCACCAUGGGAAUGGUAAUAAUAAGAAGGAGAUGCGGGACAUCCCAAAGGGGUGUCUUGCAGUUUUGGUGGGUCAAGGGGAGGAGCAGCAGAGGUUUGUCAUCCCCGUCAUUUACAUCAAUCAUCCUCUGUUCAUGGAGCUGUUGAAGGAGGCAGAAGAGGAGUAUGGGUUUGAGCAGAAAGGACCCAUAACCAUCCCAUGCCAUGUGGAGGAGUUUCGCUAUGUCCAAGGCAUGAUUGACAAGGAGAAGUCCCACCACCACCACAGCCACCACCACGACCUUCACGACCACCACAACCACCACCACUGCUUCUGGGUUUGACAGAUUAAUUGUGAUUCUACAUAUCCUAGCUGAUUCAAUUCCUAUGUAAAUCUUCUGGGUUUUCUCUAAUUUUCACAUUUUUUUAAAAUACCAAGGUUGUUGUAGUAUUGACAAAACAAAGGAGUGGUUAUGAGAAUGGGGUUGCUUCUUUUUUCUUUUUCUUUUUCUUUUUUUGUGAUAUUUUUGGGCAAUAUUUGUUUGGGGAGCUUGAAAAUUGAUUAAAGAGAAAGAACAAAGUUAGAUGUACAUUCCACCUCUCUUUAUUAAUGUGAACACAUGAAACUGGUUUUUGAA